GCGUGUCCCACCGGCACCUGUCGGAUCACCUGUCGGAGCUGGUGGAGCAGACCCUCAGCGACCUGGAGCAGUCCAAGUGCAUCAGCAUCGAGGACGAGAUGGACGUGGCGCCCCUCAACCUGGGCAUGAUCGCCGCCUACUACUACAUCAACUACACCACCAUAGAACUGUUCAGCAUGUCCCUCAACGCCAAGACCAAGGUGCGGGGGCUGCUGGAGAUCAUCUCCAACGCCGCCGAGUACGAGAACAUCCCCAUCCGGCACCACGAGGACAACCUGCUGCGCCAGCUGUCCCAGAAGGUGCCCCACAAGCUGACCAACCCCAAAUUCAACGACCCCCACGUCAAGACCAACCUGCUGCUGCAGGCCCACCUGUCCCGCAUGCAGCUGAGCGCCGAGCUGCAGUCGGACACCGAGGAGAUCCUCAGCAAGGUGGGACCCCAAAACCCCGCUCGGGGCACGGGGGGCGCAGCAAAGGGUUCUUGGGGUGAGGAGCUGGAGAGAUCCCCCAUCCGUCAUGGGAAACGGGCUGGAUUUGGGGUGGGGUGGGAUUUAUGG